AUGGUUUAUCUUUCAUCCCGAGCUAUAGGUCAAAGUCACACUACCAAACAAUAUCUGAAAAGUAUUGCACAAGACUCCAAACAGUUACCAGAUGGACCAGUAUUGUUAUCACCGACGAGUGUAUUGAUUGCGUUCAGAAGGGAAGUAAUCGAACGCCGCCCUGAAGAAUUCAAAAUCGCUGCUUUGACUGACUUGAAGAAACUUUUCCCCGUCAAACAGCCUUUCUUUGCUGGUUUCGGCAACCGAGAAACGGAUGUUACAUCAUAUCGUGCUGUUGGCAUCAUGCCAGCUCGGAUACUUAUAAUUGAUCCAUCAGGACGUGUACGACGGUCAGAUUCUGUUGGCUACGUGAGCAGUUAUUCAUCAAUGGCAACAGAAACUGUGGACUAUCUUUUUCCGCCAUUAAUGAGAAGGUUAGAUGAUUAUGAGCGAAGUUUUCAGGCUUUCAGCGCUUUUACGCAUUGGAAAUCCGUAAAUGAACAGUCUGGCCUCACCGAUGCUGAUAUUGAAGCUUACGAGACAAAGCGAAAACAGUCUGUUGAAAAAGCAAAGAAGAAAUAG